GGGAUGUUUCACAACAGCAGGGCAGGGCAGCCGGCGGAGCAGAGACACCAGGAGGAAGGGCAGCUUGGCAGAGCCUCAGGACAACGGCAAGCACUCUGUCACCACCAGUCACAGACAAGGAAAGCGAGGCAGCGAGCAGGAUGGACCCCUUCGAGGACACGCUGCGGCGGCUGCGGGAAUCCUUCCGCACGGGGCGGACGCGGCCGGCGGAGUUCCGGGAGGCCCAGCUCAAGGGCCUGGGCCGCUUCCUGCAGGAGAACAAGCAGCUUCUGCAGGAGGCGCUGGUGCAGGACCUGCACAAGGGGACCUUUGAGUCAGAAUUGUCCGAGUUCAGCAUCAGCCAGGCGGAGAUCAACUUGGCGCUCAGGAACCUGCAGGCCUGGAUGAAGGACGAGAAUGCAGCCAAGAACCUGGCCACACAGCUGGACUCUGCCUUCAUCCACAAGGAGCCCUUCGGCCUGGUGCUCAUCAUCGCCCCCUGGAACUACCCUGUGAACUUGAUCCUGGUGCCCUUGGUGGGAGCCCUCGCUGCAGGGAACUGCGUCGUGCUGAAGCCCUCUGAGAUCAGCCAGAACACCGGGAAGGUCCUGGUGGAGGUGCUGCCCCGGUACCUGGACCAGAGCUGCUUUGCCGUGGUGCCGGGCGGGCCCGAGGAGACGGGGCAGCUGCUGGAGCACAAGUUCGACUACAUCUUCUUCACAGGGAGCCCUCGGGUGGGCAAGAUCGUCAUGGCUGCGGCCGCCAAGCACCUGACGCCCAUCACGCUGGAGCUGGGGGGCAAGAACCCCUGCUACGUGGAUGAUGACUGCGACCCCCAGACCGUGGCCAACCGCGUGGCCUUCUUCCGCUACUUCAACUGUGGCCAGACCUGCGUGGCCCCCGACUACGUCCUCUGCAGCCCCGAAAUGCAGGAGCGGCUGGUGCCCGCCCUGCAGAGCGCCAUCACCCGGUUCUAUGGCGAGGACCCCAGGAGCUCCCCGGACCUGGGCCGCAUCAUCAGUGACAAGCAUUUCCAGAGGCUCCAGGGCCUGCUGGGCUGUGGCCGUGUGGCCAUCGGGGGCCAGAGUGACGGAAGUGACCGCUACAUCGCCCCCACGGUGCUGGUGGACGUGCAGGAGACGGAGCCGGUGAUGCAGGAGGAGAUCUUCGGGCCCAUCCUGCCCAUUGUGAACGUGAGGAGCCUGGCCGAGGCCAUCGACUUCAUCAACCACCGGGAGAAGCCCCUGGCCCUGUACGCCUUCUCCAACAGCCAACAGGUGGUCAAGCAGGUGCUGCACCAGACCAGCAGUGGGGGCUUCUGCGGGAAUGACGGCUUCAUGCACCUGACCCUCGCCAGCCUGCCAUUUGGAGGAGUGGGUGCCAGCGGCAUGGGCAGCUACCAUGGCAAGUUCUCCUUCGACACUUUCUCCCACCACCGCGCCUGCCUGCUGCGCCACCCUGGGAUGGAGAAGAUUUACUCCAUCCGCUACCCACCCUACUCAAUGCGCAACCUGAGGAUGCUGCUGGCGGCCAUGGAGACCCGCAGCUGCACCCUGCUCUGAGCCCGCCUCCAGCACCAGGCAUCAAGAGUCCCUUCCAGCUCACGUCCGAGUCCUACGCUGUCACUUGUGGCUGGUGGAGACUCAACCUAGGGUCCUGGGCACAAGAAGGAAAGACGUGCAAGGCCAUGACCCAGCCCAGUGCUUGUCCUUCUCAUUCUCGGGUGUCCCUCUUCCGGCCUGCAGCUGUCCUCUAACUAGGAUGGGCUAAGGUAAAGGAGUGUGCAAAACCUCCACGAGCCACCUGUUCUGGGCAGACGUGGGCACCUCUGCACCACCCCCUUCCUGUGGAAAGGGCAGCAGAAGGGGCCGACAUCGGGUCCAGGCCACAUGGUGGACCUGUUGUGACCCAGGCUGUCCCUGUCCUGAGCUGUUCCCGUCUCCGCAGUGGAGAUGACUAACCUGCAUCUCUGAGAUGGUUGUGAGAUCAAGUUUAGGAGCUUAAUAAACAUGAGUCGCUGACCCCAAGC